AUGCCGCGGCACUCGACUUCGCUGCGCCAUCCAGGCAUCAUGGCAGUGAUGACUGUGACACUGUUCUUGAUGGCCUCCACGGCGCGCGGACAGAGUUCUGACUCAGUCAUCCCUCUUCUCUGUGACGAUGAUGCCACCCUCUACACCACCAGUCCCGAUGGCACAUCGCUUGGCAUCCUCCAAUACAAGGGUAUCGGCUCUUGCGCCUCCAAUGAGGCUACCUUCAUCACCAUCGCGAAAGACCCUGGACCCCCUAACGCCGUGGUGGCCUUGAGUGGGUGGAGCUACCUGGUGAGCGUCAACGACCGCACGCCGGCAACUUUUACACUGUAUGCGAUGUGUGGCAGCACGGUCAUAUGCCAGUCGAGCGUCACCUAUGCUCUGCCACAGACGACGGUGUCAUCCUCCUCCUCGGAUGUGCUACCGCUGUCAUCGCUGUCUUCUAGCUCUUCCGAUAGUGUUCUGCCCGGCCCCACGUACCCACUGUGCUCGCACGCACUCAAGGCGCGCACCUACUCGGUUGGUGAGGUAUACGAUGACACCUUCCCGAUGGAUAUACAGGACGGAAGCUGCGUCUACCAGGUGAGCAUUACCCUUCAGCCGAGUGUCGGCACCGUGGUGGUGGCCCCGGUAGGGCUUUCCUACACCUAUUCCACCCCCAGCACCACCGCAGUCGGCUACCGCACCUCGCUGGGCUACACCGUGGAGUGCAAUGGCAUUAUUGUGUGUGCUGACGUGGUGGACGUGGUGCUGGGGCCUGCGUCUGUCACGACAGCUGCACCGACAUCGACCCCUGCCCCAACACCGGCGCCGCCAGAAACGUUGCCUUCGUGCUCGCACCACACCUACGUCAACACCUACCGUAUCGGCGAGGUGUACUAUGGUGAUCUAUUGCUGGACGUGAAGGACACUGAGUGCAAGUACACAGCAACGAUCGGGGAUCCGUCUGUGGGCACGGCCGUCGUCACGGAGCCGUCAGACCCCCUGGGCUAUGUUUACUCCACUAGUGACGAUACGGUGCCACAGGACACGAACAUCUCGUACACCAUCGCGUGCAACGGCGUGAACAUCUGCCAGGGUUUAGUAUUAAUUCACCUGACGUACGACCCCCCGGCCUGCCCAAACAGACUCGUCGUCUUCCUUCUGGAGCCCGGCGACUCCGUGACGGGUACAAUAGUCAGCGGCACUGUGUGCAGCUCUGGUGCGGCCCCGUCGCCCUCGAUCCUGUCUGCCGUGCCGGGGCUCACCCUCAAUCCGAAUGGCGAUUUCUUCUUCCAGGCCCCCGAUACCGAAGAGGAGGUGGUGACGAUGGUGCUGAUGAAGUGCCGCGAGGAGGUGCUGUGCCAGGUGAAGGUCAUGUUUCUCGUUGCCUACCCAACCACGACACCCCCGACGACGACGACAACGACCGCGGCGCCAAUCGCGAUGUGCCCCAAGCUUUUCCGGUACGAAGUGCAGACUGGGCAGUCGAUACGCGGCACCAUCGAUCCCGUCCCUGCCUCUUCGUGCAACACCACCACGUACGUGCUUGUAAACAGCAGCAGCGACAUCAGCGGCUCUCUGCUGCUGAACUUGCUGGGGGCGUUUUCCUACAUGGCCCCCGAGUCGCAGGCAGUAGACUAUGCCGCCGUAGACGUGUACUGCGCCAAGGUGUUCGUGUGCCGUACACAGCUGGUGUUCGUCGCCUACACGCCACUGCCCACGACCUCCACAACCAUGGCGCCGCUGCCGCCGUGCGCGAAUGUGUACUACUACCAGACAAGCCCCGGUGUGGCCUUCAACGCAUCUCUGAGCAACAUGCACGGACAAGAUAUAUGUGCGCACGGCCGCUACUUCACACUCAACACCUCCCCGCAGGCGGGGAGCAUCAAUGUGUCGCUGAUUGGAGACUUUGUGUACAUACCGCCGAAAUACGAAGGCCAAUUUUCCUUCGUCUUCACCAUGCAUUGCAUGGGCCAGCAAUACUGCACUGGCACGGCCUACUUACUUGUGUCAAAUACAUGGACGCUGCCCCCGGUGCCGACAGAUUUGCCAGUCGACCCGGACAGCAACGCCACCAUCACCAACGAGCAGAUCACCUGCCACGGCACGUGUAACGCGAGCGCCUGGAAGACGUACCCGAACAGGAAGGUGUGGGACAUCACACCUGCCACCGGUUACGCGCGCAAGGAUGGCCGUCCAGUCAACGACAUGACAGUGACGUGGCGCAACAAAUCACUCGUCGUCUUCGUCUACAGUCUGAUUGGCAACCUCGGCGUGCGCUUCCCCACCUUUGAGCCUAUCACAACGACCCCGAAGGGGUACAUGGAGCCGAAAGACUUUGCCGGCAGCGUUGCCUCCGGCUCUCCUGGUUUUGAGAUGAGCUGCCUCGCCAACCAAGGUCGUACCGGCAUGGGCGAGGACGUGUGGAAGUGGUUUAUGCUGUCGCUCGACUCUGGCACCGGCGGCGUUGGUGCCUACUACAACUCUGGCCAGUCGUGGUACCAGAAGUUUGGCGGCAAGCACGUGAACUGCGACACCUUCACCGACCCGUGCCGCUACGCGCCGCUGCUGACGCCGGCGAACUACACGAACAGUUCCCUUGGCCGCUGGGCGGUCGACGUGGAUGACUGCGAUGCAACGUGGACAGGCGUAUUCGCGUACAGCUCGAUGGAGAAAAUGGUGAAAUAUGAUGGGUCUCCGGUGUGGUCGUUUGUCGGGAACCUCCAGCUGCAGGGCACGCUCUACUCCGAGGCCGUGCAGGCGAGCUCGUGGCUCGAGCCCGGCCAGUUCGACGUGCAGUACAGUAGCCACAACAUCCUUAUCAACCUGCACCAAUUUGUCGCCGUGACCAAGACGGGCAUUCAGGAGCCCCUCAUCUCCGUCGAUGCCGAAUUCUUCACAUACGUGGACAACGAGACACAGGACCAGGCGUUCGGCAUCAACAUGCUCGUCUACCCCUUCGUGGACUCGUACAUGACCACGAGCUACUCCCGCGACCGCCACGUGAAAGGCUUCAAGUGGGUAUUACAGGACUGGAUAUCGCUCAGCGACGAGCACUGCCCGACGUGCACCGGCUCGAAGACGAAGUGUGUGGCGCCGCUGCAGGGAGCGGACGUCUCCUACACGGGUCCUAGCUUCCCGGAGGGGGACUGCGCCAAUGGCGAGGGUCGUGUGCACCUAUUCAAGGGGCCUGCCAUGAUGCCUGGCGACUGCCCAGAUAGCAAGAUGCACGUCUUCAACCAGACCGGGUUCUCCCCGACGCGGAACUGCAAUACAGCGUACCAGAACGUGACGCUGCGCGGUAUCGUGCCGGGCAGCAGUGGCCUCAACGAGACCCUCUCGCGCGCCUUCCACUACGAGGGUACGGUGCAGCUUGUGCUGCUCAUGGAUGACCACAGUUACAAGCGGCUGAACCUGCAUCUGUCCAUGUACGUCUCCAGUCUCUCAAAGGACUCUCCCUGCAUGGAGAGUGGGCUCAGCACGUGCCGCAGCGGCAGCUAUUGGCCGGUACUAGACCCGCUCGGCUCGUCGCUGGCGUCGAGCCCGUUCCCCCUUAGCGUCGCGGCGGUGAUGCCUUUGUGCAUUGACGACCUCAGCUCUUCGUACGGCCCGAACGACUGGGCUCUCUUUGCUGUCAACAUGCCCGGCGUCAAGCCGAGCGAGGUGACGGUGCGCAGCGUGUACGUGCAGCACAACAACUCGCGUAUCUAUCUCAUCUACAAGGACUCAAGCACUGGUGCGGCUGCGAUCCCGAACAGCGACGCUGACGGUGACUGGUGGCAGUACAAGUACCCCUUCCUCGCUUUCCGUGACUUGGAGGCCCACGUGAAGAACAACAGCAUCACCUACAGCGCGCAUAUGGAGUCGUCCGCGGCGGCGGCGGAUGUCGUGUACGCCUUCACCUUCAUCCCUGGCGCGCUAGGGGUGGACACAGACAUCGAGGUUGUGGUCGAAGCCCUCAUCGAGUUCGGUGCGGCGGCGAAAAGCACGACGGAGUUCCGCCGUGUGCUGCACAUCGACCCGCUGCUGACGCAGCUCAGUCGCCAGGGCCCGCCGCCACCGUAUUCCUCGUCGAAGCGUGAGCGGAACAGGACGGACUUUUACGCCGUCGGCGCCACCGCCGGUGUGGCUGUCGCCAUGGUGGUGACUGUCAUCUUCUUCAUGUUAGCGGACAACAGCCGCCCUUUGCCCAAGUGGGUGCCGCGCGGCAAACUCAUCAAGGAGACGGUGCUGUCGGUGCUGCCGGCUGGCUUGCGUGGGAAGAAAAAGCCGAAGCGCAUGGUUCACAAGGACAUGUACGACGCCAUGAACUCCGGCACGUACUGA